UUGAGACUUUCCGCAUACCUGCAGGAGUUGUCUUUCUUCAUUAAGUUUAGAGAAAAACAAAACGAAAGUAGUUUUUCUAAGUUUUACAAGUUUAGUAAGUCUUCUUAAUAUCACGCGGAGUGCUUCCUUUGUUGAUUUUGACAUUAUACAUUGAUACAAAAUGUCAUACGGAAAGUACGAGUAUACUCCUCUCCCAAGGCACAUUGAGUCAAGGCACGAUAUAGACCCAGACAGCCAGAUUCCGAAAACCAAUAUAAUGAUCCAUUAUAUAUGUGCUUUUUACCAUCGGUUUUGUCAGUGGAUUUUUCCUGAAAGAUGUGUCAGAAUUAUUGCAUGGAUUUUAAAUAUACGGAAUAGACAUGGAGCAGGACAUUCAAAGAGGACCAACGAGUAUGAAAAUGAAAUGAUAGAGUUACAGACAUUGAAAGAAAGGUUAGACAAACGGGUGGAAGAAUAUGCGAGGGAAAAUGAAAGACUUAAAGAAGAGAAUCAGGAACUUAUUAAAAGAAUUAAAGAACUGGAAAAUAAUUUGGAAGCAUCAAAGAAAGAUAAUUCACGAUUGUAUAAUCAAGUGAGAGAUCUCCAGAAAAGUUAUUCAGUACUUGCCAAAAGCUAUGAACAGGAAAAAGAAGAGAAAGAAAAAGCCCUUACAAGAUUGAGCUCAGUGGCUGGUGAAAGAUUGCGGUUUAAUAAUCCAGCAAUAGCAGAUUUGUCGGAUGAAAAUCGUCCCAACAAACUGGCUGAGAAGUUUAGCGAGCUUUACGACAACGAAUGGACAGAAUUUUAUGAAAAUAUGGAAGGAACCGGGACUGAAGAAGAAAUAAUAGGACAGAUUGUACAAUUGUUAAAGGACGCCUUUGAUAUUUGCAACAAACUAGCUCAAAAUCAACGCCAAGUAUUGACCACUGCUAUAGCAUACCCUGCAAAUCCAAAACCCCAAAAGACUGACAAUCCUCCAGAAGGUGUUGUGUCCAAAGUCAUUGAUUUUCAAAAACGAACUGCGUCACUAGCUUUUCAAGAUGUGGAGAAAAUAAUUCUAGAAGAAAGUACACAUCUGAAGAAUAACAGCUCCAAAGCAAAAGGUCAAUUUGUUGAGAAGUGUUCUCAGUUAUGCUGGAUGAUGGCCAUCCAAGAUCCUCCAAUGUUUUUGAACUUUGGACCCCAAAAGGAUUCCGUAAUCGACAAAAAUGUAUUCCGACUGUAUACGAAAACAGGAGAAAAAGUCGAUUUUCUGGUUUGGCCGGCCGUUUUUCUUCAUGAGGAUGGACCAAUAGUACAAAAAGGUGUUCUGCAACCAAAGUGAUCCUUUUAAGUCAUUUUUAGUACAAAUGAAAAUUUAAUUUGGUGACAAAGGUUAAUAUUUCUUGCAAUUUAUUAUAUUCAUUGUAAAUAAAAUCAAGUUUGGAAACAAAUGUAAUUGUAUAAUUACAUGUAGUACGUAUUAUACUGUGUCAUUGUAAUAUCUCAUUAGCCAAGAUGAUAUUAUGUAUAUGUGUGCAUGUAAGGAUAAUGAAUAUAAGAGUUGUUUGACAGAUUGUAAUUUGCAUUUGUGCACAACAAGGUCACCGAGUGUUAGGUGCCAAUAUUGUUAAUCAUAAUAUAUCCAUUAAUAUGUCCAACACCCAAUAAAAUGGUGUUAUAAAUGUCACAUCAGAAUUUGGCACUUGUCAAUAUCCCUCAGUUUUAUUUUUUUUCUGAUCUUAGUGCUGGGCGCAAUAUUUUCCAUGAGCAUUAAAUUACAAGUAUUGGAUACAAUUACAUUGAGCAAAAACUCAGAGCGAUACAAAUUAUAAAACUAGUACUGUGUGAUGUUAAAUUUACUUGUGUGGAAAACUUUGGAUGACAAAUAAUUAAGGGUUUUAUGACACAUACCAAUUUUUGAUAAACUUUAAAACGUUUGUAUACUUUAUGCUGUGUGAUAUGUAAUACUGAGAAAGAAACAAGAAAUCAAAUUUUUAAUGACACGAAAUGAUACAUAUUAGAAUAUCUUUUACGUGUAUUCAUUUUAAAAAAAUAAACAACGAAUGAGCAAUAGUUAUGUACAACAACGAUUUGAAUGCAAGUAUGGUUUGUAUGUAGAAAUAUCCUAUGAUUAAAACUUGAUUUUAAAGUUA